AUGGCGACAUAUAUACCCAUUGAUUCAACAACAGUAAAUCAAGACAUGAACAAGGAGAAAAGCAACACAAAACCAAGAAUUUUAAAAUAUGAAGAGCAAAUUUACGAAUAUGUCACACCAUCAGAGAAUCAGCCAGCUGAAACAACAGAAAAGGAAACGCUGAAAUAUAAAACAUUUAGUACAUUUUCUGCACCCUCAAAGUCAGAGGAAACAGAAGAAAUUUAUCAGGACUACCUUCAAGAAAAUAGAACUCCACAAGAGGUACUUGCUCUAGAACCAGUUCCCCAGAAGAAGAUAGAAAAAUCAAAGGAAAAAAAGGACCAAACUCAUGCUUGUGUAAAAGCUAGGAAAAAACGUCGUGUGCAGUAUGAUAGAACAGAACCAGAGGAUGAUGAUGUGAUAAGACAUAUUAUUAGGCUAAGAGAAAAGUUUGGUUGGCAAACAAUAUUACCACAGUAUAAUCUGAAAUACAGAUCUUCCAAAACUGCCGUUCAGAAGAUUGUUCUAAAGGAACGUUUGAAAGAUGAUGGGGAAUUUGUAUAUUGCCUUCCUCGGAAAAAUCCUAAAGUCCUUUAUAAUCCAUAUAAUCUUCAGGUAGUCUCUGCCCACAGAGCUAGACAUUGCAAAGAAUUUUGGAUUAUUACUGCUUCAUUUGUCUCAAAGGUUACCAAAAUAGAUGGUGAAGAAGAAAUAGAAUGCAUACCUACUUUGGAAUGGCUAUUAGAAAGAAGAUGUUGCUAUUUACUACAGCAAUUCAAGAUAUUUUAUAAUUUUCGAAUUUGUAAAGCAUUUGUUACUUGGAAAUUGAAUGUUAAAAGAAUUAAGACAGAGAAAAGCAGGUCAUUUUUGUACCACCAUCUGUUUUGGGCUGAUGAGUUAUAUCAGGGCUGUUUGCUUUACAUAAAGGGACUUUGUGAAGAUGCACUUAAUCUCAAAAAUGGAAAUGAAUAUGAGGAUAAUCCGUCUGCCAUAUGCCUUGUAAAGCUGGAUAGUUCUCGAACAUAUUCUCUAGAUGAAUUUUGUGAAGAACAGUUACAGCAAGCUACCCAGGCAUUGAAACAACUUGAGGAGAUCAGGGCUAAAGCUAUUUCAAGAAUGAAAAGUACAUUUUUAAAGGUGGCAGAAAAGAAGGAAGUUAAAGAAUUUUUUGAGUCACACCUCUAUGAAGAUGACACAACACAUUUCAAGCUGUCUCAAUAUCGACAUUUAUUAGAAACAAUGUUGAGGUUUCUGAUGCUGGUUGACUACAUAUUUCAGGAACUCAUCCGACAACUAAUGAAUAGUGCAGUCACACUACUUGUGGAAUUAUUUAAUAAUUCUGCUAGAAUGCCAUUUUCAGUGGAAAAAAAGAAUGAAAAGCUCAAAGUAUACAAAGACAUCUUUGCUUUCGCUGGAAAGACAACAAAUGAUUGUGAAGAACUUGUUAAUAAUUCAAACUUACAUGCCACUUCUGUUCUAAAGCCAGAAGUAAAAACAAAAGCUGAUAUUAAGGAGAUUUUGAAUAGUACUAAAGUGAAUGCGGAUUUGAGAAAAAUAUAUGCACCAAUAUUUGAAGUAAAUCUACACUUGAGAAUUCCUGCUGAGAGUGAUUCUUCAGAAAAUUCCAAAGAGAGCUUUCUUGAGUCUGACAAGUGCUCUGAAAAAUCUGUGAGGUGUGAAGAAGAUGAAAUGUCAAAAAGUGAAGUUAGUUGUGUUGUAAAACACACAAGUGAAGAACUCCCAAUAAUGAGACCGAAAAAAUUUAGUUACAACCUUCACGAAUUUUUUUCAGACAUAGAAAUCUCCACUGAGUUUGAGAAUGAAUACAUGCAUAAUGAAUUUUUAAAAUUCCCUACAAAUCUCUCUAUUGCUCCGAACAGAUUGGAGUUUUCAAUAAAAAUUCAAAACAUGGUGACUGAUAUUGAAAAAUGUAUAACCAAAAUUAUUCCUCUUUACCAAGAUCCCCGCCUGUCUAUCUUUAAUGGUUUGGUUUUAAUUAUGGAUUUACCUAAUAAGACAGGAAGUAUAAUGGACUAUAAGAAGCAAACCAGAUGGCCAGAUUGUCAGCUCCUUUUUGAAAUGGAUCCAGCCUACCAAAAUCAAAUUGUGUGUCUCCUGACUGUUAUUAGUAAUUCAAUGGACCUAGUUAAUGCUUACAGCUGCAAGUUUAUAAAAUAUUGUACUAUGGUAGAAAAGGCUAAAAUCAUGAGUAUGGAAAUAUCUAUGGAAGAAUUAACUUCAAUACGGUUUAAACUUAUACUAGAUAACUUUAUGAACUAUCUUAAUCAUAUUGUUAAUAUGGCCAUUGAGAAACGCAUUGGUAUUUUCAAUGUUUUAAGUCUUGAUUAUCAGUCAGAAUGCUUACCGCAUGUUGAGAAUAUCAUACACGUAAGCUACGACCUCUUGCGCUCUGAAAUUGAAAAAAAGAAUACACAUCUAUUGGAAGUCGUAGAAUCAUCAUUGCAAAAGCUGGACUGUGAUCCCACUGGAAUAGAAGAAUUUUUAGAACAUUUUACUUUUUUGAGUGCACUUUCUUCAAAAAUGUCUGCAUUAGAGAAAGAAUAUUCAGCAGUUGCUCACCUGUAUUCUGUUUUAAGGGAUCACCAGAUCCAUAUUUCAGAAGAGCAAGUUGCCACAUAUAACGUCCUUCUUUUCAAGUUUGGUCAACUAAAAACUGCUGUGAAGUUAAGUGAAACAAACAGAGAUGCUGCUAUUACUAAAUUCAGAGACAGUUUGGAAGCAUACAUCACUGGUCUCCGGGUUGACAUUAGUAAUUUAAAGGCCAAAAUAAGAACUCCUGCCCUGUCAUCUGCUGGUACUCAGGUGUCAAAAGCAAUGGAGACCAUCCAGGCUCUCUCAGAGGAAGCUGCCAGUUUAGCCAACAAAGUUAAAACGUAUUUAAACUAUCAGGAUUGUUUGGAUGAUGCCAAGUCUCAUAUACGUUCUCCUAAUGUGGAAGAGCUAACACAGAUUGUGCUGUCAGAGAUCUCUGACAUCGAUUAUGACUUAACCUUAAGGAAAUUAUUAUGGGAGGCACAAGAAGAAUGGGGAACACUCGUUAGUGGGUGGAAGAAUAGCACUCUUCACAGUAUUGAUAUAGAAUCAGUACAGAGAAAUGUUUCAAAAUGGAUGAACAUCAUCUUUGUACUAGAAAAAGGUUUACCUAAAAACGACAUUGUAGCACGUCUUAAGCAAUCGGUGACAGAUUUUAAACAAGGGCUGCCUAUCAUCAGAGCUCUAGGAAACCCCUGUCUCAAGCCAAGGCAUUGGGAGGCACUCCAGGAGAUUAUUGGAAAGUCAGUGUCGCUUGGUAAAAACUCUACGGUGGAGAAUCUCCUAGUGCUCAAAAUGUUUCAGUAUGAAAGUGAAAUAAAUGAAAUAUCAACCUCAGCAACUAAUGAAGCUUCUCUUGAAAAAAUGCUGUUUAAGGUUAUUGAACUUUGGAAUAGAACUCCUUUACAUUUAGUUCUUCAUUACACCGAGACUUACUCUGUCCUAAUCAUUUCAUCUUUAGAUGACAUAUUAGCUCAGUUAGAAGAGUCUCAAGUCAUACUUGCAACAGUUAAAGGAUCUGCCUAUACUGGUCCCAUUAAGGUUCUUGUGGAUAAAUGGGAUCAAAACUUGACUCUUUUCUCUCACACUCUUGAGGAAUGGAUGAACUGUCAAAGAACUUGGCUAUAUUUUGAACCAAUCUUUCAUUGUUUAGAAAUACAAAGGCAGCUCCCAGCAGAAGCAAAACUCUUCUCUCAAGUGAUUUCCAUGUGGAAAGAAAUAAUGUUAAAAAUACAAAACAAACUGGAUGCUUUGCAAAUAGCCACCUCUGCAGGAGUCCUCGAAAUUCUGCAAAAUUGCAAUAUACACCUUGAAUAUAUAAAGAAAAGUCUAGAGGACUACCUUGAAAUGAAAAGAAUGGUUUUCCCACGAUUUUACUUUCUUAGCAAUGCUGAGCUUCUUGAUAUUCUAGCUAAGAGCAGAAAUCCCGAGUCUGUCCAGCCUCAUCUUGUGAAAUGUUUUGAAAAUAUAAAACAGUUAGUAAUAUGGAAACAAGAAAUUGGCCCUGCAUGUGUGAUGAUGUUUGUAUCUGCUGAAGGAGAAACUCUUGUGCUGCCAAAGAAAAUUCGUGUAAGAAGUGCUGUAGAACAGUGGCUGGAAAAUGUAGAGAAAAGCAUGUUUAAUGUACUAAAAAAAUUUGUAAGUCAAGGGAUUGAAGACUGGAACUGCCAACCUUUUUCUCAUUGGGCUGUAUCUCAUCCAGGACAAGUGGUUCUCACUGUGAGCCAGAUCAUGUUUUAUAAUGAUUGUGUCAGAAGUUUUAUGAGUUCUCAUUCAAGAGAAGAGUUGGAAAAAGUCCAUGCUGGUAUGCUGUGUGGUCUAGAAGAGGUUGCAGAGCUGGUCGUGCUGGAUACUAAUAACUCUCGAACAAAAACGGUGCUGGGGGCGUUGCUUACCCUUUAUGUUCACUGCAGAGACAUAGUGAGAGAUUUACUACUUAAAAAUAUCUGCAAUGCAGAGGAUUUUGAGUGGACAAGACAUUUGCAAUAUAAAUGGAAUGCAAAACAAAAGUUGUGCUGCAUAUCUCAAGGAGAUGCCUGCUUUGCUUACGGCUAUGAGUACUUGGGCUGUACCCCAAGACUGGUCAUUACGCCUCUCACUGACAGAUGCUGGCUAACUCUCACUGGAGCACUACACUUGAAUCUAGGAGGCUGCCCCUCUGGUCCAGCUGGUACAGGAAAAACCGAGAGUGUCAAAGAUCUAGCAAAAGCUUUAGGCAAACAUUGUGUGGUCUUCAGCUGUUUUGAGGAUUUGGAUUAUAAGAUAAUGGGAAAAUUAAUUUUUGGACUAGUUCAGUCAGGAGCGUGGUGUUGUUUCGAUGAACUCAAUCGAAUUGAUGUGGAAAUUCUCUCGAUGAUUGCCUCACAGAUCCAAGCAAUUAAGGCUGCAAAGGACAGCUAUUCUCUCAGGUUUGUACUGGAAGGAAAAGAAAUUCGUAUCAGUGUGUCUUGUGCAGUAUUUAUCACCAUGAAUUAUGGAUACAAAGGUCGAGUAGAUCUUCCAGGUAACUUAAAAUCUCUGUUUCGCCCAGUGGAAAUGAUGAAUCCCCAUUAUCAAAUGGUUGCUGAAGUAAUGCUGUUUUCAGUUGGUUUCAAAUCUGCAAAAUCACUCUCCAGAAAGCUCGUUAACUUUUACGAACUAGCCAGCACAGAGCUCUCAAGACAGGAUCAUUAUAAUUUUGACCUGAGGACUCUGAAGACAAUUAUAACAAUGGCUGGAAAGAAACGGGAGUUUCAAUGUAACAUGAGUGACAGUCUCUCUGAAACAGAUGAAACUCUGAUCAUUAUUGAGGCUGUAAGAGAAGCUAGUAUACCGAAAUUUCUUCCAGAAGAUGUCCGACUUUUUGAAAAGAUUAUAGAAGAAGUUUUCCCUGAAGCGACUGUGUCCACAGUAAAUCAAAUUGCCUUGGAGAAAGCAAUAUCUAUUGCAACACAGCAUUUGGGCUUGCAACAAUGGCCAGCUCAGAAAGAGAAAAUCAUACAGUUUCAUAAUCAACUUCAGGCUUGUACUGGUGUGAUGUUAGUGGGCCCAACUGGUGGAGGAAAGACAACAGUCAGAAGAAUUUUAGAAAGAGCAUUAAUAUUGUUACCAAAUGAAAGUUUAUUAUCAACCAAAGAAAGAAAUUCUCUUUCCCAGAUUCCAGAAAUAAAAAGAAGAGUAGAUAUUUGUGUUUUAAAUCCAAAGUGUAUCACUCUUGAUGAACUAUAUGGACACCUGGAUCCCAAUACUAUGGAGUGGACUGAUGGAUUAUUAUCAUCAACAAUUCGAAAUUAUGUGUAUUUUAACGCUACAGGGAAUUCAAAGAAAGACAAUGAUCUCAGACCAAAGUCAAGAAUCUCAGAUUUAUCUGAUGUUUUCAAUCUUGAGUCCUCUGAUACAGCAGAUAUUGAUGAUAAUAUUUUUGAGGAGAUGAAGAAAGAUACUAAAAUUCUAGAAAGUCAGGACUUCGAUUGGCAGUGGAUUGUCCUAGAUGGUCCAGUGGAUACCUUUUGGGUAGAAAAUCUGAAUUCUGUGCUAGAUGACACUCAAACAUUAUGCUUACCAAACAGUGAGAGAAUAGCUUUAACUAAUAAAAUAAGAGUGAUUUUUGAGGUGGACAGUCUCUGUUAUGCCAGUCCUGCUACUGUUAGCCGAUGUGCAGUGGUCUACAUGGACCCUGUUGCUCUGGGAUGGGAGCCUUACGUUAAGUCGUGGCUUACGAAAACUUCUAAAAUUAUGAGUCAGUCGGGAGUGGAUUGUCUUGAAUUCAUGAUUAAUAAUAGUGUCAAAAAUGGACUACAGUUUAUAAAGAAGCAUCAGAAAUUUCAGCCAUUUCCUGUACAGGACAUAACAAUCGUUACAACUCUCUGCAGAAUUCUUGAUGCUUUCUUUGAAUUCCUGGGUAAAAAUGGAGGCUUUGGAGAAGGUGAAGAUUUGAGGGACAUUUCUGAAGAGACUGAAGAGAAAAAUUCUUCAGAUUCAAUAGUUUCUGUCAAAUUCAAGGAUAUAGAAGAAAGAACUGAAAAUACAUGGUAUCUGGGGAAACAUCCUGAUCAAGUAAAAAUAAUGAUUCAAAAGCUUUUCGUGUUUGCAUUUACUUGGGCAUUUGGAGGAACUUUAAAACGGGAAGAUGAACAUGAAAAUGACAUACUGUUGUAUUCAAGUUUUAAACUUGAUUCUCUUGCAAGAGUAACCUAUGAUUUUGACAAACUUGUUCAUGAAUUAUUUGAAAGCAAUUCACAAGUAGGCAUUACUCUACCAACUGGUGAACAUUCUAUCUUUGGGUAUUUUGUGGAUAUACAGACAUGUGAAUUCGUACCAUGGUCAGAAUUACUUCCUAACAGUCAGACACUAAUUCAAAGAGGAACUUCAGUCCGAGCUGAUCUUCAAGAAUCGGGUGAAAACCUCUUGAAGGCAACAGAAUAUAGAGAGAACAUUCAUCACACUGCUACCAGAGACACAACAUGCCUUUCUUUUCUCAUAAGCCUUCUUUUAAAGAAUUCCUGCCCUGUACUUGUCACAGGAGAGUCCGGUGUUGGGAAAACCACUGCCAUUAAUCAAAUGAUUGAAAAGUUAGAGGGCUCAGGAGCAUUUGAUGUGAAAUAUGGGUCAAUUUUAGGAGAAGUCCUGUUAUAUAAUGAAAUUAAAAAAUCAAGGUACCUGAAACAGAGUAUCAACAUGUUGCUUUCCGAAACUCAUAAAACAGCAACUGGAAGUUUAGAUAAGAUUACUAAAGAGCCAGAAGUUAGAACUGAUGAAAGUUCAUUUAAUAAUAAUAAAGGAAUUAUAGUUUCUACAAUAAAUUUUACCACCAAAAUAACAGCUGCGAAAACCAAGGAGAUGAUUCUUAAGAAGUUAAUAAGAAGAACUAAAGACACUCUUGGAGCACCAAAAAGCAACAGGAUUGUAAUAUUCAUUGAUGAUCUGAAUAUGCCAGAAAUAGAUAUGUAUGGAGCACAGCCACCCCUGGAAUUAAUCAGGCAAUUACUAGAUUUGGGAGGAGUUUAUGAUACUGAAAAAAUUGCAUGGAAGAAUAUUCAAGAUCUCUCUCUCGUUGCAGCCUGUAUUCCUCCCGUUGGUAGGAGUGUUAUUAGCCCACGUCUUCUCAAACAUUUUUCCAUUCUAGUAUUGCCUCAUCCUCCACAAAGUGCUUUACGUACUAUUUUCCAGGCUCAUUUGGGAAUGUAUUUCUCCAGCAAUAACUUCACAGCUGAUGUUCAGAAAACUAAGGAUCAAAUAAUAUGUUGUUCUCUAGCUAUAUACUAUCACAUAUGUAAGAAUAUGUUACCAACGCCAGCGAAAUGUCACUAUGUGUUUAAUCUUCGAGAUGUGUUUAAGCUUCUCCUAGGAUUGCUGCAAGCUGACAAGGCUGUUAUUAACUCCAGAGAGAUGGCUGCUCUGUUCUUUGUUCACGAAGCCACCCGAGUGUUUCACGACCGCUUAGUCGAACAGACUGAAAAAGGGCUUUUCUAUCAGUUUCUUUCAAAGGAACUUGAGGAUUAUUUUCAGAUUCAAUGGACCAAAGAAACACUGAUGAAUGACUCAACUGUAUUUGUGGAUUUCUUGGAUAUAAAUAAGCCUCAUAGAAAAAAGAUCUAUCAGAAUACCAAUGACUAUAAUAAACUUGCCAGGGUACUUAAUGAAUUCCAAAUGAAGUUGAGUUUAACGUCUCUGGAGAUUUCUCAUUCCACGGUGUUCUUCAAGGAAGCCAUAGAACACAUUACAAGAGCUGUUAGGGUCCUUCGGCAACCAGGGAGUCACAUGUUACUGAUUGGAAUAGAUGGAUGUGGAAAAGAAACGUGUGCAACCUUGGCCUGUUAUGUUUCAGAAUACAAAGCUCACCAAGUGCCUAAAUCUCACAAUUAUACCUACAUGCAAUUCAAAGAAGACUUUAAAAAGGUGUUUCUUCAAGCAGGAUUAGAAGGGCACCCCACUGUUUUAAUAGUUGCUAAUUUAAACCCAGAUCAGGAGGCAUUUUUGGAAGAUUUGAACAGCAUUCUCAAUUUGGGGAGAAUACCUGACGUGUUUGAAAAUGAGGAGUUGGACUCUGUUGCACUAAGGAUUAAAUCUCUUGCUGAACAGUUUGGUUAUAUUGAUGACAGACAAGCUUUACUUUCAUUCUUCCAAAAGAGAAUAUGUAAAAAUCUUCAUAUUUUUAUGAUAAUGAAUCCUAUAGGAGCUAACUUUCGCCAACACUGUAGAGUAUAUUCUUCUAUGAUUAGCGCUUGCACAAUUGAUUGGUAUGAGAAGUGGCCAGAAGAGGCUCUCCUUAUUGUAGCCAACUCUUUCUUAGAAGAAAAGGUGGAUUUACAGAACAGAGAGAACUUAAAAGAAAAGCUUGCUCCAACAUGCGUUCAAAUCCACAAAAGUAUAAAAAAUUUGAGCACAGAAUACUUUCAAAAAACUAGAAGGCAUUAUUAUGUCACUCCCAGUAGCUACUUCAGAUUCAUGGAUACAUUUGUGCAUAUUUUGAGGUCACAAGAGAAGGAAAUGCAAACAAAGAGGAGUCAUUUUUAUAUGGGUCUCUCCAAGAUCCUGGAAGCUACCACUCUAGUCACAGAGACACAGGAGCAGCUCUUGAUUCUUGGCCCUCAGAUAGAACAAAAAGCCAAGGAAAAAGAAAUCUUAAUGGAAAAACUACAAAAAGAUUCUCAAGUAGUUGAGAAAGUUCAGAUGCUUGUUAAACAGGAUGAAGAAAUUAUGACAGAAGAAAUAAGAAUUGUGGAAAACUAUGUUCAGAAAAUUGCCCAUGAACUGAAAACUGUACUGCCACCUCUAGACAAGGCAAUUGCGGCUCUACGUGCCUUGGAUAAAGCCUAUGUCUCUGAAUUAAGAGUAUACACGCGUCCUCCUUUCCUUGUACUGACUGUCAUGAAUGCAGUUUGUAUUCUUCUGCAAAAGAAACCUAACUGGGCUACAGCAAACUUACUUCUUUCAGAGACUGGUUUCCUAAAGAAAUUGAUUAACCUUGACAAGGACAGCAUACCUGAGAAGGUUUUUGUGAAGCUGAAAAGAAUUUUAAUGUUACCUGAUUUUAACCCAAACAAGGUUGCUCUUGUUUCUCUUGCUUGUUGCUCUAUGUGCCAAUGGGUGAUAGCUUUGAAUAACUACCAUGAAGUACAGAAGCUGGUGGCCCCCAAACGAAUGCAAGUAGCUGAAGCCCAAAAUGUUCUAAAAAUUGCACAACAAAGAUUGGCUGAAAAACAAAGAGGUUUACAGCUGAUUGAAGAACAUCUGCUGUGUUUGCAGGCAGCUUACAAAGAUAUCGUUGCUGAAAAGGAACUAUUAGCAAAUCGAAGAAAACUGGCCACCAGGCGCUUGCAGUGUGCAUCUGUCUUACUAACUACCCUGGAGGAUGAGAAGACUCGAUGGCAAGAAAUAAUCAAUCGAAUAGACAGCAAGUUGGAAAGAAUUUGGGGUGACAUAGUUAUUUCAGCAGCAUGCAUUGUCUACAGUGGAGUGUUAACAGCAGAAUUUCGCCAGUUGAUUGUGAAUAAGUGGGAGAAUCUUUGCACUGAAAACAACAUUUCUUUGUCUUCUAACUUUUCUUUAAUUGAAGUCAUGGCACAAAAACAUGAGAUCCAUCAAUGGUAUCAUCAGGGGCUACCUCUUGAUCAGUAUUCCACAGAGAAUGCUAUCUUGAUCAAGCACGGCCUGCAGUGGCCACUGCUAAUUGACCCCCAUAAGCAAGCACACACCUGGAUCCGUCAGAUGGAAGGAUCUAAGCUGCAAGAGCUCUCCUCUGAGGAUAGCAAUUACAUCCAAAAAAUAGAAAACGCUAUGAAAAUAGGAGGGAGUGUCCUCUUGCAGAAUCUCCCUGAAACAUUAGCUCCAAGUUUAAAGGCAAUUUUGAAGAAGGACAUCUAUCAGAAAAGAGGGCAAUAUUUCAUAAGGGUUGGUGAUUCGGAGAUUGACUACAAUUCCAAAUUUAGGUUAUACAUGUCUACAGAAAUAGACAACCCCCAUUUUUCUCCAUCAGUUUAUAAUUUUGUUACUAUGAUCAACUUCACGGUAACAUUCCAAGGUUUGCAAGAUCAGCUCUUAUCUACUAUCUUAACUCAUGAAGUUCCUCAUUUAGAAAAUCAGCGUUUCCACCUAUUGGAGAGUAUUUCUCUUGACACUAUGACUCUUGAAGAACUGGAGCAGAAAACAUUAAAUUUACUGCAGAACACACAGGGAUGUAUACUAGAUGAUGAGGAAAUUGUAGACAUCUUAAGAGAAUCCAAAAUUACUGCAAAUGAAAUUUCAAAGCGCAUCAAUGCAGCAGAAAAAGCAGAAAGUGAAAUUCAAGCAAUACGUAAAAACUAUCUCCCCAUUGCUACUCGAGGUGCCCUGCUCUACUUUCUGGUGGCUGGUCUGACACAAAUCAAUUACAUGUACCAGUUCUCCCUAGAAUGGUUUCAUCAAGUUUUUGUGUUAUCAGUAGUUUCCAGCAGCAAAGAACAAGAACACAGUUUCAAAAGGGAGAAUAGGUCUCUGAAAGAAGUUCAGGAAAUUACAAAUCUCUCAAAAGAACCUAAGUUAAAAUGUGAGGAAAAUCCCUUAGAGAGGCAUCUUAAAAAUUCAAUAAAUGUGUUGACAAGAAAUAUUUUUAAGGUGGUCUCUUCGGCUCUAUUUAAUCAGCAUAAACUUUGCUUCUCCUUUCUGCUUUGUACUACAAUCAUGCAACAUAAUGCUAAUGAAAGUCUACCUCAGGAUGACAUUGGAUUCCUACCAGAUAAAGAAUGGAACAUCUUCUUAUAUUCUGGCAUAUGGAUAAAUAUUCCAGGUGUGAUGCCCCCGCCUAGACUUGAUAGCUUAUAUGAAAUGUGUAGAAAUCGACAUCUUCAGUGGUUAUCAGAUUCCAUGUGGAAGCAGUGCCAAUAUGUCAACAGUCAACUAGAACCAUUUUCUCUUCUAUGCAAAUCCCUCUUAUCAAACACAUCCCAAUGGAAUGCUUUUAAAAACAGUAAGGCUGCAUAUUUUCUGAUGAGCAUACCCUUCUCUUCAGAAAAUGCUUCAUCGGAGGACAGUGAAAAAUCACCGGAGGAAACUGAACUUGUGAAUGAAAAUGAAGAAUUAUGUAGUCCUAUAUAUUUUCCCUGGGAGAAACUCACUCCAUUUCAAAGACUUAUUUUGAUAAAAAUUCUUAGGCCAGAAAGUUUACAUAAUUCCGUGAGUAAGUUCAUAACUGAAAAAAUAGGAAGUGAAUAUAUUCACAGAACUGGAAAUACCUGGAAAGAAAUAUAUAAAGAAUCCAGUGCCAGAACCCCACUGAUACUUAUUCACUCCCAUGGGAUUGAUAUCACCGAUGCACUCCUGAAAUUUGCACAAGAGUUAAGAGGAACAACCUAUCACGUGACCAUGAUUUCUCUGGGCCACGGCCGGGAAGCUAAGGCAGAAGACCUCAUUGCUAAGGCCCUAACCAAAACAGAACAAUGGGUCAUUCUCCAGAACUGCCAUCAUGCAGCAUCGUUUAUGCCAAGGCUUUGCACUAUUGUAGAAUCAUUUAAUAGUCCAGGUGUGGCAGUACACCCUGAGUUUAGGCUAUGGUUAAGCUCAGAAUCAAGCAGUUCUUUCCCAAUUCCUCUUCUUCAAAAGAGUUUAAAGAUUGCUGUGGAAAAUCCUCUGGGACUGAAAAGUAAUUUACUUCAGACGUUUGGACACAGCGGGCCUGGAGUGGUAACAGAAGAAAUAUUUGAAAAACCUGAAUGUGGACCAUGGUGGAAAAAACUUCUAUUCAGCUUAUGUUUUUUCAAUGCUCUGAUCAAUGAAAGAAAAAUAUAUGGAGUAUUGGGCUGGAAUAUUGAUUAUCAAUUUAGUUCUUCAGACUUAGAGGUGGCCAUAAAGGUGAUGGAAAAUACCCUGACCAUGCAGUCCAGUGUCCCGUGGCAGACACUGCGCUACCUGAUUGGGGAAGUGAUCUACGGUGGCCAGGUGACCGAUGACUGUGACAGGCGGUGUCUGAACACCCUUCUCUACCAGUUUUGUAACCCUGAAGUGCUGAAAGAUGACUUCAGUUUCUCUACUGAGGAGAUAUGUCAGCCAGUGCCAGAAUCUGCAAGCAUAAAGGAUUACAUACACAUUAUCCAGUCCUUACCUGACGAUGACCCUCCCGAGCUUUUAGGAUUGCACCCUGAGGCCACAAGGGGCUGCAGGGAGAUCCAGGGCCAAAGUCUCAUUGAUAAUCUCAUUGCCCUGCAGCCAAGAACAAUCCCGACCAGUGUCAUGAUCAGUGGUGAGCAGAGUAAUGAUGAACUGGUGAUGGAAGUUUUAUCUAACAUGCUGAAGCGGCUGCCACUGUCUGUGGAGAAAGAAGAAUGUGCUCGAACUCAAGGCACGCUGAAGUGCAUCAUGUCAAGCCCCGUUUGGGAGUCUCUGUAUAAAGGUCUCAAAGGCUAUGAUCCCCUUAUCCAUUGUGUCUUGCUAACCUUUUUGAAACAAGAAAUGGAACGAUUUGAUAAGUUAUUGUUUGUUAUACAUGAAUCUUUGAAAGAUCUUCAACUUGCUAUAAAAGGACAACUUAUCUUCACCCAAGAAUUGGAGGAAAUGUAUGACUCUUUUCUUCAAACGAGAGUGCCAGCAUUGUGGCAGAAAUAUGCCUACAAGUCAUGCAGACCCCUGAGCUCCUGGGUUAAUGAUCUCAUCCAGCGACUGAAUUUCUUCAAUACCUGGGCCAAAAUGGCUUACACUGCAAUACAUCGCAGGUAUAUGGUACUUACCACAGCUUGGAAGCACCCUGUUCCGUCACCCAGCCCAACACCCAAACAUCCUUCUGAUGAAAACAGUGAUUUCUUUGAAGGAUUUCCCACAAGAUACUGGCUCCCAGCUUUCUUCUUUCCACAAGCCUUUCUCACUGCUGUGCUUCAAGACUAUGGACAGUCCCAAGGACUCUCUCUUGAUCACCUGACUUUCACCCACCACGUGAUCUCAGACACCACUAACAUCCAAGAGGAGGAGUUCUCCAUAAUCAUCCAGAGGAAACUCAACAUCGUCAGGAGAGCUUUUAAGGGCACAGCCCCCACACACGUUGGAGUUCACGUUUUUGGUUUAUUCAUCGAGGGGGCAAGGUGGAAUCAUGAACAAAAAACUCUAGAAGACUCGCUGCCUCGUGAGAUAUGUUGUGAUUUUCCCGAAAUAUACUUCUUGCCAACAAAGAUUUCUACUGAAAUCCCAAGUGCUUCUAACCAGACAGAUUCAGAACUCCAGACUUUUGAAUGCCCAGUUUAUCAGACACCUGCGAGGUCCAGGACCAUGGCAACCACUGGCUUACCCUCACACGUUUUAACUACAGUGUCUUUAGCCACAAAGAAACCGCCUAGUCACUGGAUCACAAUGCAGGUUGCAUUGCUGUGUGAAGAGAAUGAAAAAUAA